GUGUCAAGUUACAUCGUGACUUGCUCGGUGCACGCUAUGGACCGCAAUGAAGGAACCGUCAAUCCUCCAGAAGCCGUACGGAUACAAAACCAAAGGAGCUCUGUUCCCUCUUUUCUUUUCAUAAUAUUCAUGCUUUUCAUGCUCACCAAUCACAGCGGAGACGAGUUUCUCGCACGGAACCAUUAUCAGGAUGCACUCCAGUCAUUGAACUACCAAAUGUCCAAUUUUACUGCGUGGAUGAAUGGGACGGAGUCAAAUUUUACUCUAUCAGCACCAGACUCAUCUGUGGCUCCCCUGCUACAGUCUUUCAUGACAUUUGGCUCGCAACUCGACCCAUCGCAUUCGUCGUAUUUCCCCAAUGUGACAGGUUUUAUUCGCGGGGAUGUAAACUACCACAACGUCACUCCUCCCAGCCUCUCUCAUCCCAAUACCUCAGACCUCGCAUGGGCGUCCCUGGCCCGGACCUACAUGGCUGAUCCUAAUAUGACUGAAGUACUACAGAAAAUAGGGCCAUGGAAUUGGUCUGGUUCAGAAAAGAUUUCUUGGAGUUUGAUGGCUCGCACCCCUGUGGAAGUCACUGCGGCGAACAAUGCAUCAGCGAGAAUAGCGAUGAUUCAUGGCAGAAUUGAUCUCGUUGAUCCUAAAAAUGUAGGUGAUAUGAGACUUGAUUUCGAAGGCGUCCAUAUCAUAGGAAACGGUUCUAUCUAUGGGUUUGCAGAGCCAAUCGGCCGAAACAUAGAUAUACGCCUACUGCCAUCCAUAGUACCCGAGGGCUACCAAAACGCCACAGCACACGCUGUAGAACCUGAAAUUGCUUCAAGGAUCAACAAGCUAAAGACUAUGAUCGAUCAAGGUAUCAUAGACCAAGACAGCAACAACGAUGACAACAGCGGCAAAUCAAAAUGCGGAUUCACCCUAUAUUCUCAGAUAGAGCCAUCUCAAGUUCCGGAGCAGCUCAUGGAUGAGCUGGAAGAAGAACUACAGAGACCCACUGGAAAAUGGACUGUCAAGUCUCCCAAGUUAACUCUUAACGGUGUACUACUGAGCAAGGAAUGUGGCAUUCUUUACCAUAUCAACAACACUGAGGGUUUGAGGUCUCGCACUUUUUUCCGCAAAGUUACAACCUAUGCCGGGACGGCAGCACUCGCCUACUUCGUUCUUCUCGUUCUUCUUUCUCGUCAGAUGGACCGCAGCCGAACGCCCGCUGGCAUUUCUCGUUUAUCUCGCUGGUCAUUCCUUACCCAAGCCAUAGUGGACGCCGUUUCGUUUGCAGGACAUAUUACAUUUGCCAUUCUCGCUGAUGGACGGCCAUCGCUUUCACUUGUUGCCCCUGCGUUCUUAGCUUGCAUGCUGUUCGCUUAUGAAGCGCAAUUCUCCAUUCUCAUCAAUCAGGUACAAGCCCCAGAAGAUGUCGUACCAGCUCCUUCUCCCAUUCGUCAAACUCCACCUUCACCUCAGGAGGAUUCUAGUUUACCUACGCAGGCACCACAAGCAGCCCCUCCCACUCCUUCCGUUCCUUCUGAACCCAGCUUCUUCCGCCUCUUCAUGCAACAUCUGCGUUCUGAUCCCCAGGCUCGCAUCUGGUUAGGGAUGUUUUUCUUCCUCACUUUCGUCGUUCGCGUCAUCGUUACACCUUCAUUGGCACUGUUUUUCGUCGGUACUAUGUACUCGUCGUUCUGGUUGCCACAAAUCGUGCGGUCCGUUAGACGGAGCAGGAGUAGCGCAUUAAGCAAGGAGUACUUAGUGGGUACCACAAUUUGCAGACUUUAUUUUGCGUUGUAUUUCCUAGCUUGUCCCAAGAACGUUCUCGAUGUGGAUCGUCGACUAUGGAUAUACAUCCUUGCAGUUUUCAUACUAAUGCAAGUCAUCGUUUUGAUACUGCAAGAGCAACUUGGACCUACAUUCUUCCUUCCAAAGCGGUUUACCAGUACGAAGAUGUACGAUUAUCACCCACCGAUUCCGUCUUCUGGUGUUUCUGACCCAGAGUCGCCCGACUCUUCGUUGGGAGAUUGUGCCAUCUGCAUGGAAGUUAUCUAUGCUGAAGAUCCACGACAACGCCAGCAAGUUGCUGGAGGAUUGUUACACAAAGUUAGUGCACGCAGAAACUACAGUCUUGCGCCGUGUAGCCAUCUAUUCGUGGGUGCUAGUAUGAUCUUAAUUCCGACAUACACCUUUAAUAAUUCUUUUGACAAUGAUCUUCAAAAGCAUACCGAAUGUCUCGAAAAGUGGCUUGCUAUUAAGAAUAUCUGCCCACAAUGCCGACGUCCUCUACCUCCUCUAUGAACUAGUUUCUUAACGUUUCAAGAUCAUCGACUGUCUCAAGUUACGCUCACCUUCUCUUGCAUCCCCACUCUCCCGUUGAGUGUACUUUCGCCAUGUUACACUAGGUGCACUCGGAAAUGGACUCACGAUACUAAUGUGUACUAUAGCUCACCACAUAAACCAAUAUGUCGCAUUUACAAUGUUAUCCUGUUCUCUGCAAAUCAACUGGAGUUUUGUCU